AAAAGAUAAUUGCAAAUAGUAAGUUAUAUUCACUUUGAAAAGAGAAAAUUAUAAUUUUUUUUCAAAAGGUAAAUUUUUCAUUCAUGAAAUAUAAUUUUAAACAAAAAUUUCUACUCGUUUUCACUCCCUGAUAAUAAUAUAAAUCUAACUUGAGCAUUGAAGCUUGAACUUUUAUAUAUCAGGCUGAAUAUUAUUUUCACAUUAAUAUUAUCUUGAUAAUAUUAUUAUGAUAUAAAUAUGUUGGUGAAAAUGAUGAAAAGUUUGAUAUAAUUUUGUUGUUACAAAGAAAAGAAAGAAAGAAAGAAAGAAAGAGAGAGAGAGAGAGAGAGAGAGAGAGAGAGAGGUGAGAAGGAAGAUGAAGAGAUGAUGAUGAUAGUGGAAAGAGACAGAGGGUGGGUAAGAAUGAUGAAGAUUGCGUGAGCUUUUUUGUUGGAUGAGUCAGUAAGAGCCUUGAGUGAGCUGUUAUUAGUAUAGGGAGAAUAGUGGAAACCGGGGAGUGAUAUUGUUCAUGUGCUCAGUUAUCAUUGAGACUUCACUUGAGUCACAAUGUAAUAAAAAUCUUCUGUGUAUCUAGUUGAUCAACAGAAUUACAGUUCAUCAAGAUAACUAUUGGAAUAAUAAUAAAAAUGUGAUUUUCUUCAGAGAAUAUUAAUUUUUCAAUUGGUUAAUUGUGAUUCUCAUGAAUUUUUUUGUACAAAAUUUGAUUAACUGAGUUUGGAUCUCCCUUUUUAACUGAGAUGGAGUUAAAAGUGUUCAUCAUUAGUGUUUGGAUAGCAACUUUUUUCCAACUAAAAUGUUUCGCUAAUCAGUUUAUUAAUCAUAUUGAUCUCAAUCCUAAUCAACAUGAUGAUAAUCAAUUUAAAGUUGAUGCUAACAAUUAUCAUCAACCCUACCCCUUUUCUUAUCCGGCUUCUAAUGAGGAGCGACUUUUUGAAACACCUCCAGUUUGGACUCAUGAUCAUGUCUCAAUGACACUUCCAGAUAAAGGUAAUGACAUCGAAAGACCGAGUGAGGAAGAUGAGGAGACUGAAGAUAAUGCUGAUAAUGAAGAUGAUCAAACUCUAACCCUGACUGGAGGUGGAAAUGAUGAUGACAAUAAAGACACCAACAUACUGGAACAAGAAUAUGAUCCAAUUGAAUCUAAUAACAUUGGUUCUGGUUCAUCAUCAAGAAUCAACAGCAAUAAUAAUGAACAAUCAACAAUUAAGAGUGAAACUAAUCCAGUUGAUAAUCAUGGUGGGAAAAAGUUAACUACUCAAAUUAAUCAUAAUAAAAAUCAACAAUCAAACAAAGAACCAGAGCCUUAUUUAAGAUUAACGGGUCGUCUCAGUAAUUUAACUCGAACCAUUGGUUCUAAGGUUCGAUUGAAAUGUUCUUUUCGAGGUCACCCAAUACCUACGAUUCGAUGGCUUAAAAAUGAGGCUCCAAUCGAGUCGAUUCGCGGUAAAGUGACCAUUCGCUUGAUACCUUCGACCAAAGGUCGAUUGACAUCUCGCCUUUUAAUCAACAAUCUCGAUGUCCACGACACUGGCUACUAUAAAUGCGAAGCAACUAACAAAUUCUUGACCAAAGAGACUUUUGGUAUUCUCGUAGUUACAACAGGAACUGGAUCAAUAUCAUCAACUGGAUCAAUUAGCAGUUCAAUAAUUUCUGAUUACUCUUCAUCUCAUUUCAAUGGGUUUCAUCAAACAUCACAAUCAAAAUCAAGCUCAUCAAAAGCCAUCAUUUUGCCUGCAUCACCAUCAUCAUCAUUAUCAUCAUCAACCUCAUCGCCAUCAACUUUUGUCUCUUCGUCAUCAGCCUUAGAUGUACAUCGUUCACCAGAAUCUAAAUGUAGGAUUUAUUCUGGUAAAUUGUGUUCACAGUUUAUUGGUAAUCGAAGUAUCUACUUGGAACCGGAAAUAAGCCAAGAAAUUUUGGAAGAUAAUUUAGCAGUUCUUUUCGAAAUGAUCGCAACAUCUCAUCAGAUUUCACAUCAGUGUCAUAGAUUCGCAAUAUCAUCUGUUUGUUUCUUCAAUUUUCCAGUCUGUCGGACAGAACCUUCAGGUCAACUGGUCAUUCGAAAGGUUUGUCGAGAUGAAUGCGAAAUAUUGGAAAGUUCAAUAUGUCGAAAAGAGUAUUCGAUGGCUCGAAGUAUACCGAUAAUCAACAGCAAUUUGUUGCCCAAAUGUACAAAUUUACCGAUUCUUGGAACUCCCGAUGAUUCUGAUUGUGUACAACUUGGUGUUCCCUCUUCAGUACGACCUUUGAAAGAUGGGCAAAUUUGUUUCAGUGGAAAUGGUCAAGAGUAUCGAGGUAUGAUUGACCAUUCAAUUUCUGGGCGUAAAUGUCUUCCCUGGUCAGUCAGUUAUGGUACAACCCAUUAUGAGGAGUUAAUUGGUGGUCAUAAUUAUUGCCGAAAUCCUGGUGGAAUUGAGGCUCAACCUUGGUGCCUGGUUGAUGAGAAUUCACGGAAACGUGAACUAUGUGAUAUACCUCGUUGUGAGGAUACUUAUCGUUUAUAUUUUCUAUUAACACCAAUCUUGGCAGCGAUUUGUGUUGUCUUAAUCAUCUUUAUUGUGAUCACUUAUCGACAAGUUUUAUAUCGAAAAUCAUCCGUUGCUAGUUACAUGACGACAACUUUGCGAUCUGCUCAAUAUGCUUCGCCCAUUUCCCCUGUUCUAUGUAAACGAAGUCCAGCUCCUUUAUGGGUAGAAUAUGAUCCUAAUCGUUAUUCAGAAACGGUAACCAAUACAUCGAGUCCAACACCUUCGUCUAAUCAACACAAUCAACAAAUAGUUCAUUCAUCUGAAGGUGGAAACUCUGGUGAUUCCAUUAAACCGGCAAAACUUAUUCACUAUCCAAUGAGCUCAAUCAAAUUUGAGGGUAAAUUGUGUGAAAGUGAUUUAGGUGAUAUUCUUAUGGGUGAAUUAUUAAUUCCUCAGGGUGUUGUUGUUCCAGUGGCAAUAAGGACUCUUCGUGAAGAUUCAUCGGUAACUAUGAUUGAUAAUUUUAAAUCGGAAGCGUUAACUUUGGCUUCUCUUCAACAUACCAACAUUGUUUGUCUACUUGGUGUUUGUUUCACUGAUCGUCCACUUUGUAUGAUGUUUGAACUUAUGGCCGAAGGUAAUUUACUUGGUAUACUUCAGGCCUACAAUCCGCAUAAAUCAAAUUCUCUUGAUCGUUCCUCGUCUAAUCAAUCGGUGGUCUCUCUCGAGAUACAAGAUUUACUUCACAUAUCAAUACAAAUCUCCGCCGGGAUGGAGUAUUUAUCAUCGAAACAUUUUACCCAUCGAGAUUUGGCCGCUCGAAACUGCCUUGUCUCCGAUUAUUUAACCAUCAAGAUUAGCAAUUUUCGCCUCAAUCGAGAAGAUUAUUCAAGUGAUUACUAUUGUAUUCCUAAUAAUAUGUCGGUUCCAAUUAGAUGGCUUCCACCUGAGUCCAUUUUCUAUGAGAAAUUUACUUCCGCUUCGGAUGUUUGGUCUUUUGGAAUUGUUCUUUGGGAAAUUUUCUCUUUCGGUAAUCAACCUUAUGCAGGUUUUACCAAUGAACAGGUAAUCGAGUUGAUUCGUGAUGGUCAUCAUUUACCUUGUCCAGAAGACUGUCCACCUCAUUUCUAUUCCAUUAUGUUAGAAUGCUGGAAACGGGAACCGGGAGGUAGACCAACAUUCAGUGAGCUCCACAAUAAAUUGAAAGCGCUCCAGGCAGUUGAAAAUAUCCGCUCUGCUCGUAAUGGUUAUCCAAGGUUUGGACCACUUCGUUCGGGAUCGGGUAACAUUAGCACCUAUUCAAGAUCUUGUUCACCGGCUCAUUUAACUCGAAAUCCAAUUCCAAAUGGUCCAAUGUCCAGUCCAAGAAAAAUGAAGCGACAAAUGAUUACCGCUUGUAAGGAAUCUUCAUUUGAAGCUUCGUACUCUAAAUUGUCUUUCCCACUUGAGAAAUCAUCGUCAUUUGGUUUCGUGUAAAUUGUAAUUCCAAUCACAAUCAACUAAUUGUAAUCUUUUGUUAAAAUCUGAAAAACAAAACGCACAAAAAAAAGACAGAAAAAACUUUGUUAAAUUGACUUUGUAUCGGUAAACCAAAUUAAG